AUGGGGCAAACACGAAGUUGCCUCGGUAGGAAGCGAAGAGGGGUUAUUUCGUUUCGUCUCAGCGUGGUUUCCCAAGCGGCUUGCCGACUGGCAUCGUCUACCGUUCGGCACACAGUCGAACUCGUUCGCCACUGGACGACGGACGUCGCGGCGUCGUCGUCGUCGCCCUUUUUAUCUCAGAUAUUUUCUCAUUCGCGUCAGCUCAGGGAAAUCGGUGGACCACGAUGCGUCACGCGCUACCGCUCGGUUUCUUCCUCCUCGUAUUUGUGACAGUGUACGCGCGCCGAGCCACCGGUUGCGCUUUCUGCGACAAGCUGUCCCAGCAACAGUUGCAACUGCGCCAGCUACAGCAGUUGUCACAACAACAACCGCACCAGCAACAACAAGGGUACAAAACGAUCGGCAGCCCGAGGCCUUUCGGUGCCGAGAAACCGACCAGGGUGCAGGAGUUCAACAGGACUGGCGUGCUGCACCCCGAGUACUUGAUACCAGCCACUCUCAGCCCUGGUAACGUAUCUCAGUUCUACUACUUGAGUCCACGCGAAGGACCACCACUCACAUUACUCGUUAGUCCUUGUAGUGGGCCAAUAUCAUGGACGGUCAGUUACGUGGAACCACCAGAAAAUGCUGAAGAAACGGAAGGAAGUUUGAAACCAGGCUCUCCCCUUUUCACUUACGAGGGUGCAGAGGAUCAGAAUUUUACAAUAUCAAAGACACGUGCUGGCCUUUAUUGGUUCGAAAUUAAAUCCGUGAACCCUCCUGAUGCCAAUUUACAAAACUUGACACCGGGCACAGUGCUUCUAUACGCCACGUCAAGCAGCCUGAGCCAUAUCCCAGAGUUGUAUGUGAACGAAAAGGAAAAUCGUCACCGCUGGCUAAGAUUUCAGCAACGAAGAAGCAAACGUCGUCUUACAAUAUCCUGGAAUAAAAGCAAUAUAGAUCCCCACUUGUCGCACUACUGUUUAGCCGUGACAUCGGGCUCUCAGCCUCAUCCUUUAACACUAUGCGCCGCGCAAAAUGUUCUACGCGUUCACCCACAUCCGGCGAAAGGGAGUUCCUCUUCUAAAGAACAGCAGCACCGCGGCAUUCCGGAAGGACUUCAUUGCGUGCGUCAAACAAAAUUGACGCUCCACAGGAUGAAGUACGAUACCACGUACAAUUUUACCUUAUAUGUGGUAAAUAUGCGAAACAAUGUCUCGAAUCGGAUAGCCACUGAUACUAUAAAAUUUCGAAAAACACCGGAGUUAAGAUUACGCACUGGACAUUAUACCACAGCUAAUUUGCGUAAAACCGAUGGAUUCAUCAACUUCCAUUAUCGUCCUCCGGGAAAUACUUCGAGUACCUUUCAUAUUCUUCCUUGCGGUGGUGGCAUCGUUCGAGCAAAAUUAAGUGGUUCGGGAAUUUUAACGGAGAAAGAAGUGGUAGGAUAUGCAUCAUUAAGGGUACCACCUUUAACUUCAGGGAAAACAUACACAUUACGGAUAUCCGCUACACCACAAGAAUUAGUACGAGUAUCUGCCAUUAAAGUAUUAGCUACUCAAGAAUCGUCUGCGAUAUAUCCACAGAUACCAUCGAAAAGUGCGCCACGUGAAUAUAGAUCCUUAAGAACUUGCCACGAGGUGACAGUAGGGGUUGAAUCAGCAGGCUCCGCAAAAUAUUGCAUCCUCGUACGUGAAUUAAAAAGCAGCUCAUCGUUGGCUAGCAUGACGACAAUUCCAGACCAAUGUGGUCUUCAUCGUCGACGACGUUCUGAAUACACUUUCGAGGUCUGCGAAGAGAAACGGAGUCCACCGAAAGAUCGAGCGCUUCCGUUCACUCUUAAGAGGCUACAGCCAGGGAAAGCUUAUCUCUUACAAAUUACAGCUCAAUUAAAAGGACAGUCUUUAUCAUAUCCGUUGUUAACUGUACGCACUCGACGUUCUUGUCUACCUUGAUAAUCAUCAAAGAAAAUAGGAAUAUUCAUUGACGAUCUUUGAUCACGUAAAUUGUUACUUUGUUUAGAACCUUUGAUUUCCCAUUCUUAAUGUAGUUUAGUAUUCUCUUCGUCUUUUACAUUGAAAUAAUACAGAUGAUCAAGAAAUCACUGUCUAUUAAUGUUCGUCUUUGGUAUGAAAACAUUAAAUUUCUGAUGUAAGUUAAAAUCUUUUAGAUAUUACCCGCAUGAAGUUUCGGUCUACCUGUAAUUUUAUGUAAAAUAUUUUUAUUUCAAGAAAAAUUGUAUGACUUAAGAUAUCACUUCUAAAGGAAUAAAACAAUUGUUUUAUGAAAAUUGCACGAUUUAAAAUAUAAGCUUUCGUAUAAAACGAAACAACUGUUUACUUCACGAAAAUUGCAUGAUUUAAAAUAUCAGUUGUUAGGAAACAAAACAAUUGAAAUGGACAGAACUGAUCUGAAUCUUUUUUUAUGAUAGCA